GUACAUAACACAUUGUACAAUUAAUUUUUUACUGCUGAAAAUAUACACAAAACAAAUUUGUCACUUUUACGUGUCAAUUAACUUCCUUUAAAUGGAAAAAAGUCCUUCGUCUGCCGAAAAGUGUCACCGAUAAUGAUGGAAAUGUGGAAUAAAUUGAUAUUUAUUUGUUUCUUUAUUUAAAGUGAUAACGAAUUAUUUCUACAACAAUGACUGUCGCAACAACCCAAGAAAACAGUACUUCUACGGAUCAGUUCGAACACAACACAGGAGGGACGGAAGAUGACCCAGUUUCCAUCUACAUCUUGGUUCCAGUUGUCAUCAUUGUUGCUGUGGCCCUAGUUGUUAUGAUUAUUGUCUAUCCUCGACGAAAACGGCGACUUUUUGGUGACAAUAUUUGUUUUCACCGUAAGGAAGUGACAAACAACAGAAAACAUUUCAUUGCUGCAACUAACAUUACAUACGUGGGCAGUUUGCGAGACGACGAAACAUGUAUCAAGUGUUUCCCUGAGAGCGUGCGAAAUUCAGCUGCCAGUUCGUACGAUGAAAUAAACAUUAGUACUACACCGCCGAUUAAAACAUCUGAGACUGUAUUCAGUACUGUUUCUGUUGGUCUACCGCAGGAACGAUUUGAAAAAGGAGCAACAGAAUCUAGUGACACGUAUGACACUCUACAAACUAGUUCAAAAACAAAUAAAAUGAAAUCGUCCGAUUGCUCUAAAACGAUAUAUAACCACGUAGUUGUUGGUAACCAUACUAGUGACACCGAUGAGUAUUCACAUACGCAUGCAGUGCAGAUCAACAACUCCCAGCCAGUACGUUUCAAAGUUACAAAUGACCAUUCCCUAAAUUGUGAUAACAAAUCAAACGGUUCGGACGACCAGGACGACCACUCUGAGCAUGAAUAUGUAAUACUAGAACCAAACAAACAAUCUAUCAUAAAGAAAUGAAACUAGUUUGAGUAGUUUUAGUAAGUCUCUCAGAAAAGAAUAUACCACUUCGUUGGUGAAGCAACUGUAUGAAAAAACUUCUAAUAUACAGAAGUUGAUGUAACAUCAUAUAUAUUUUUUUUAAUAGAAACGUUAUCAUUUUUACACUGUUGUUAAUAGUGACAUUGAUGCAUUUAUCAUCCAAGACGGAAAUUUCGAAGACAUUUCCAAUUUUACCAUUUUUAAGUAUUUAGUCAACCCCCUGAUCAGUUUGCGUAGACGGUAAAUCAGUUUUGACAGAUGUGUACAACCAUUUUUGUUUUGUUUAAAAGCCAUUACUUAGACAUAUUCAGUAAGGCAUUAAAAAUCACGCUUACACCAUA